AUGCUAGCAUUUUCUUUGUGGCGUCACGUUCAAUGUGCCGGACUUAGGUUCUUGGACUACUUUGCCGGACCAGGGGUCGUCAUCGAGAAGCAGCCCAUUGUCGUGGGCUCUAGGCGGUUUCCGACGUACCCGUACUACCUGGAUGACUUGGUCAACGGGGCACUCCCGGGCUUCGUGCCGCGAGUGCGCAUGGACCGGUUUGAGAAGGUCGGCGGCCGCGUCGAGGUGAAUCCGCAGCUCUUUGAGACCUGCGUUGGCAUCGUGGAGGCUGUGGCCAAGCCUGGCCUGUGCGUGCUGAUCUUCCUGCCGGGACUCUCGGAGAUCGAGCAGCUGCACGAGGCCUUCUAUGGCCGCACUCGGAAAUGCCCGCUGGACUACCACAUGCUGCACUCAGUUGUCCCCCAUGAGCAGCAGAAGCGUGCGCUUCUUCCGCCACCGGCUGGACACUGCAAGGUGGUUCUAUCCACAAAUAUCGCGGAGUCCUCCAUCACAAUCCCGGAUGUCCGAUAUGUCCUGGACUUCGGCAUCGUGCGGAAGAUGGUCUUUGACGAAGAGCGGGCCAUGCAGAGCCUUUGCAACACCUGGAGCUCGCAGGCAACCUGCCGUCAGCGCCGUGGCCGCUGUGGGCGAUUGCAGGAUGGCGUAAUUAUUUAUCUCUUCCCCCGCAAUCACUACGAUCGACUGCAGCCAUACGCCUCUCCUGAGGUGCUUGGCGUUCCACUGGAGUCCAUCUACCUCAAGAGUCGAGUGUUGCUCCAUCACCUGGGUUCCCCAGAGAAGCUUCUGAGUCAGCUCAUCGACUCUCCGCCGCAGCAGCGCAUCGCUGCUGCGGCGCAGAACUUGAAGGACCUGGGCGCUUUGAAGGGAGACCAGGUGGCGUCACUGGGCCGCAUUGCGGUCUUCAUGCCCACGACGAUUCAGCUCACCAAGUUGGUAGUGCUCUCCUGGGCAUUGGGCAUCCCUGCGGAUGGCAUCGUCAUUGCCGCCGCGCUCAGCACGCAGGACGUCUUCAAGAUGGCGGCGCCUGCCAACUGCAGAAACUUGGAGGAUUUCCCGGCGCACCUUGCGCACAAUUACAUCACCCGCUGCCGCUUCGAUGCCGGACAGUUCUCCGAGCCCAUCAUGUACCGGAACCUCUACAAGGAGUAUCUGACGGUGCCGAAGACCCAGGCCCGGCAGUAUCACCAGUGGCUGGAUGAGAGCUGCGUCUCUGUGAGCCGCAUGAGCCAGUUCGCCGCGCUGGUGGUGGAGCUGGCGGCCAAGCUGGGCGCUGCUGUGCCCAGCGCCAAGGCGCAUCCGGCUCUGAAGAUACUCACUGCUUUGAAGAGGUCACAGCAGCUUCCAGCAGAGGAAGUGGAGCGGCUCUUCACUCAGGACUACGACAGGCUGAAGUUUGCAAUCGUCGGGGCAUUCCAGCCGUCUUUCGUGCAAGGUGAGAUCAAUACGCAGAACAAGAACAAGGGCAAGAUCAACAACUGCGGCUUUGAUCCAAUGAAGACCUGUCUGCUACAGUCGAUCAAGCCGGCGGAGAUGGCCGACGUGAACAAUCUCUGGGAGUUUUGCAGCAGUCUGGCGCCGACCAAGGACGUGAAGCUCAAUGACACUGGCAAGAUGGCCUUCAUCGAAUGCGGCGAUGAUAGGCAGGUGAGGGUGCCUCCCAGCGAUGUGGUGCGUCAGAUGCCCGUGGUUGCACAGCUGCUUCAUCAGCUCAUGCGGCAGCCGUGCAGGUUUCAGGUGUUGACAAGCCAGGGCAUCCGGCACGAAGCCUCCAAGAUCGGCUCGCCGAAUUUCUUGAACGGCAUGAAGUGGCACGUCAACGGCAUGCGCACCAUGGGCUCACCGUACUGGCGGUCCAACAUGGGCUACAUGUGCGAGAUGCGGGGUGAGUUGAAAUGCCACUGGGGUGUGUGCUCUUCGCUGUUGGGCCGGGAAGGCCCUGACCAAGUUCGCAUCACUGGUCUCACGAUCCUGCCUCCGCCGGGUUCCAUGUCGGGGACCGUGAUGAUCUUGGCCUUUUUGAACGGACCCUUCAAGGUGACAUUCCUCGGGGACCCUGAAGGCUUUCAUGGAGUGCAAGUGACCGCUGCCGACCAAGCAAACGUUCUUCAGGAUCGCGAGCUGCACAAGUACAUCCUUCGGAGCGCCCGGGGCGAUGCCGAGCCCAACGAGGCCCUGCAGAGAAGAUCGGAAGACUUCAACAAGGCGAUCAGCCGGGCGACGGCUGCCAUGCUGGGCAGCAUGGCCACAUCUUUAGUGCUGUGGAUAGUUGGGCUUGGAUUGCUCCUGUUCAAGGACCUGUCACACUGUCCAGAGAUUCGCGCCCUGAUGCCCAUGGUGGUGGUGUGCUGCGUCAUCCCCAUCCAGCAGAUGUGCUGCGAGGCCUCGUGCUUUGCCAGCCUCUUUGCGCUUCAUGGGUUGGCGGAGAUCGCAGACCGCCACGAUCAGGCCCGGCCUAUGGUCCUCUCCUUUGCGCCGGGCUGGUGGAGCCUAAGGGAGAUGUCUUUGCUCAAUGACUUCCGUAUGGCCAUGGAUGAGCUGCUUGCUUCGCCGGAGCAGGAAGCUGCGGACUUCGCCAGUAAUACGUUUGAGGAUCUCAUGCAGGCGGUUGAGCAGCAGAAGCGCUGGGGUGGCACGAAGGAUGCCAACACCUUCUUGCCAGAUGCAGAUUACAGCAUUGCCAGAGAGCAACAGGUUGAGGCUCGGCUGGUGGUGCCGUCUCGUGGUAACUUGGAGCUGUACGAGGUGGGGCAGAGCCACGCAUGCGCGCGGCAGCAUGAGAGGCGUGCAGAGUUUGCCUGCGAGCAGGACGGUGCUCAGGAGACUUUCCGGGCAUCGCCCAGUUGGCUAGCAUCCCUCUCUUCGCUGGGCAGAUCCGACUUGGAGGGCGACCUGCAGAUUCUGCGGACGAAGUUCGGCCUUGCUUCAGCCACGCUGGAAAGGAGGGCUGUGAACAUCUCCGGUGCUCUUCCAGCUGUGGAGGCGGCGCGCAAGGAACUCGUCGAAGGCAUCCUGCAGUAUUAUGGCACGCAGGUGGAGUGGAGUGCCGCAGAGCUGCCGGCAGAGCCAGAAGAGGAGCCGCCAACACGAGCCAUCCCCAAGAGGCCUUUACCCGAGGAGCCUCAGCCAGAGAUGGAGGCAUGGGGAGAUGCACCCGAGGCUGGCGAGGUCAGCUGGGAUCAAGGCCAGCCAGGUGAGCAGCUGCCAGGCCUGCGGGAGGCGCUGCGACGCAUCGAUCUCGAGCACUUAGCAGCGACCAUAGAGCACUGGGCGAUCGAGAAUGGCGCAGUUUCGGUCAACGAGGUCGCAGAGAACCUUGAGAUGAUGAUAGACGAGUUGGGCCUCGGCGCAGCUGACGCGCAGCGGUUGCAGCAGCUGUAGCG